AUGAGCUGGAAAUGGUUCGGUGCUGGUUUCCUUGUCGGUGCCACAACGGUCUACUUGCUUACGCAAGGACAGUACGCACAGUGGUUGUCUUCACAACGCGAUCGCUUGAAGCAGGUAAGCUAUAGCUUUGUUAGGGAUGGCCCGUACAUCCAGGAGAGUAUUCCUAUAGGGACUAGCAGUGGGUCAGCAGGCUUACCUCCGGAAGAAGCUCCCCUGGCUACCCCCGGCCCAAGUCCAGAAGCAGAAGCUACAUCUCCUGGAAGACCAAUCUCCAGCUGCCCCGAGCUUUCCUCGGCUUUCCGUUGGGGAUGGGACGUGGCCUGUAAUGCGUGGAAGGUGAAGGACGAGACCUGCGAGCUUUUCAAUGCUUCCAAAAUGAGCAACAACGCGUCUCUGUUCUUGGAGGUGGCCACACGAUCUGCGGACAAGAGCUAUCACCCCAACCUGGCAAGGCUUCAAAUGCGUCUGAUUGAAGCUAUCCAAGAAAACCGACCUCUACGGGUUCUCACCAUGGGUCCCUCAAAUACUGUUGGUAACGGAUGCAACAAACGCAGUGAUAUGUAUUGGACUUCAGCAUUGCAGAAGUUAUCAAAGCUGGAGAACAGCCAGCUGCAAUUGGAUGUCAUCAAGGGGGCAAGAGCAGCUACACCGUUCAAAUUCACGUGGAGCUCUAUUCUAAGAGAGUACGAGAAGGACACCACUCUGGAUGUGAUCCUCUGUGAUUACGCAGUCACUGGCAUUGAUGUGGAAAACAACCGGCACCAGCUCUUCGUAAUGAACGCGCAUGUGCAAAACUGGAAGCGGCCUCCGGCCAUUCUAUUCCUUGAGACUUUUACUCAAAGAGUCAUGAUCUCCAUGGAGGAAGUCCCGUGGGAGAAUCUGGAUGCGUGCACUUACUCCAAUGCCAUGGAGGAAUUCGACCCGUUUUUUCCGGUUCUGAGAAGCCUCAGCAUCCCAAUGCUGAGCUAUCCGGAUAUCGCCUGCGCCCUGCCUCAUCUGGGGCACCGCUCGAGCAGCCAGAACGGCAUACCUUUCCUCUUUACCUACAAGGGAGAGGGAAAUCACCAUUAUGGCUGCGGGGUCCACUUCAUCCAGGCCCAGGCGAUUUAUCUUUUUCUGCUCCAGCUUCUGCAGCUAGCCUGCAUAAAAGGCUUCGCUGCCACAAUGCAAGCAGCUCUAGCAAGUGAGGCAGAGCUGAAAAUGCAGCUGAAAGAUCAGCAUUUCUCCUUGGAGGACAAGUGCAAGAUGAGCCUCAUUACCUAUUUGGCCUACUCUGGUCACAUGAAUUUCCUUGCCAUUGUUGCAAACAACUCCAAAUGGAGUUUUGGUGCUGAUCGGCCAGGCAAGUUUGGCUGGAUUGCGAAUUAUGUUGAUGAAGCAGGUCGGACAGAUUCCAAUCUGCCGGGGCGCGUGAAGGCACCGCGACCUGCAUCGCGAUACCCCCAGUAUGAUGGGCUGGGGCCAAAGGAGAUUGUUUUCAUAGUGAAGCUCAACUUGGGUUUGGUCAUCAUGGAGUUCCUGUCCACCUACCAGAAUAUCGGCUCUAUCUGGUGCCAGGUUGAAGACAUGUCCGGCAAGGUGGUUUCGGAGCCCCUUCAACUAGAUGGCCUGUGGUCCACAAAGGUCUCCCUGGCCAACUCUGCCACCCUGAAUGCCAACACAUCACGUGUGCGGGAUGCUGCUGUUCGCUGUACAUGUGAAGAGGAGAAGAAGUUCAAGCUCCUUUCCGUUUCCGCGUGCUGA